AGGUGGCGUUUACGCAGAUGUCAUUCCUCAUGCUAGUUUGCUAGUCCGGCUAGUUGGAAAUCUGAGUCCGUCGAAAAAGUACACACAUUAGUACAGCAUAUAAACCUAAAAAAAAGUGUUACAGUGUAUAAAAAUGUGAAAAGUAAGAGAUAUUUAAAGAACAAAAUUGUGUCAUUAAUAAAGUCAACGCAGCGUAUUUUUAAAAAUGGAGCAGGAUGAGUUUCCACUCCAUUCGGCCACAAAAUUUGGAAACCUAGAUGAAGUACAACAGCUGAUUGAAGGAGGAGCAACAAUUGAUGAAGUGGAUUCUGAUGGUUUUACGUCACUACAUUUAGCUGCAGAUUUCCAGCAUAUAAAAGUAGCCAAAUAUUUGUUGGAACACGGUGCAGAUGUAAACGCAACCGAUACGUUUGUUGGGAGGAAUCCUUUACAUUUUGCUGCGUUUAAUAAUGAUCUUGAAAUGAUUCGAUUAUUCACAGAAGCUGGAGCGAAUAGGCAGUGUUCAAAUAUCUAUGGAAAUAUGCCUAUUCAUGUUGCAUCUGAAGUAGGAGAUGUAGAAAUUGUAAAAUAUUUUUUAGAAAAUGGGAUAUAUGUAGAUAUUAUAAAUGAAAGCACCAAAAUGACGCCUCUCCAUAUGGCUGCAUGCGGAGGUUACAUCGAAUUAGUAGAUUUUUUACUGUUAAAUAAGGCAAGCUUGCUUCUCAAAGAUUGUCAUAAAAGGGGUGCAAUUCAUUAUGGUGUUUUAGGAGGGAAUGCUAAAAUUGUUGAUGUUCUUAUAGAAAAUGGAGUUGAUAUAAAUGCUAAAGAUAUAUCCAAGUGGACACCUUUACAUCUAGCUUGUAGAGAUGGGUAUUUAGAUAUUGUUCAGUUACUUUUAAAAAACAGUGCAGUGUGUAACCUACAGGGGAGAUCCCCGAAUUAUUCUCCAGUCCAUUGGGCAGCUGAAACAGGUUAUGUAGAAAUUGUAAAGUAUUUCAUCAGCAUAGGGGUAGACGCGAACUUCGGGACAAUUCAAGAAUAUACUCUUCUGCAUACAGCUUGUACACGGGAUCAAAUUGAAAUGGUGAAAUAUUUGGUUGAAAUUGGUGCUGAUGUUAACAAGAAAACUUUAGCCAAGGGAGCUACCCCAUUAUAUUUUGCGAUAAAAAAUAUAUGCCCAAAUGUUGCGGAGUUCUUAAUUCUAAAUGGAGCUGACCUAAAAGAAGCUGAAUAUAAAGGCAAAUCUACUUUAUCGCUAGCCUUAAAAGGUGUGUCAAGUGAUUAUCCUGAGUCAGUACAGACAGAGUAUAUGGAAGUUGCAAAACUAAUAAUCAAAUACACCGUGUUAAUUUACAAUCCCAUUGAAAAAUUUAUUCAGGAUGGUUGCCCUUUCUUCAAAGAAAUAUCGCAAUACUAUAACGACUGCCACAAAGAAAUAUCAAGUAUGAGGAGUAUGACAAUAAAAAAUAGUACUGUUUCAUUAUAUCAAAUAGUUUGCAAUUCCAAUAAAGGUAACGUACUUGUUAAAUAUCUAUAUAAUGACAACAUUAAAAACGAAUUAGAAAAUAUUGAAGAUUACCUUAGAGACUUUUCCAUAUAUGGUAAUAUUCUUCCGUUGGUACAACAUAGGGUUAAGAAAGGGUUUCAAAGAAUCGAAUUACUUACAGAAGCUGACUUAAUCAUGAAAAAAAUUGCACCUAAGUUACCAUCAGAAAUUAGAUGGAAAGUAUUCGACUACUUAAACAUGACGGAUCUUAAAAUUGUGAUACAAUCAGAUUUAUUCAAACAAAAAUCAAAAUGUAUUAGAACUAGGGGUUCAGUUAAAAAGCGGUUAACUUUUUUAGAAAGGUUUAUAGACCUUAUAAAAAUAUCAGAACCAAAUAACAAACCUUUAGUAACUGAUGCUACAAUUAGGAUUAAUGAAUUAGAAUUAAUAGAUAAAGAUUUUGAAAUCAUUCAAUUAGAAAUAGAGAAUCAACGCAGCGUAUUUUUAAAAAUGGAGCAGGAUGAGUUUCCACUCCAUUCGGCCACAAAAUUUGGAAACCUAGAUGAAGUACAACAGCUGAUUGAAGGAGGAGCAACAAUUGAUGAAGUGGAUUCUGAUGGUUUUACGUCACUACAUUUAGCUGCAGAUUUCCAGCAUAUAAAAGUAGCCAAAUAUUUGUUGGAACACGGUGCAGAUGUAAACGCAACCGAUACGUUUGAUGGGAGGUAUCCUUUACAGUUUGCUGCGGCUCAUAAUGAUCUUGAAAUGAUUCGUCUAUUCACAGAAGCUGGAGCAAAUAUGCAGUGUUCAAAUAUGUAUGGAAAUAUGCCUAUUCAUGAUGCAGCUGAAGUAGGAAAUGUAGAAAUUGUAAAACAUUUUUUAGAAAAUGGGAUAUAUGUAGAUAUUAUAAAUGAAAGCACCAAAAUGACGCCUCUUCAUAUGGCUGCACGUGGAGGUCACAUCGAAUUAGUAGAUUAUUUACUGUUAAAUAAGGCAAGCGUGCUUCUCAAAGAUUGCAAUAAUCGGGGUUCAAUUCAUUAUGGUGUUUUAGGAGGGAAUGCUAAAGUUGUUUAUUCUCUUAUAGAAAAAGGAGUUGAUAUAAAUGCUAAAGAUAUAUCCAAGUUGACACCUUUACAUCUAGCUUGUAGAGAUGGGUAUUUAGAUAUUGUCCAGUUACUUUUAAAAAACGGUGCAGUGUGUAACCUAGAGGGGAGAUCCCCGAAUUAUUCUCCAGUCCAUUGGGCAGUUGAAAUCGGUUAUGUAGAAAUUGUAAAGUAUUUUAUCAGCAUAGGGGUAGACGCGAACUUCGGGACAAUUCAAGAAUAUACUCUUCUGCAUACAGCUUGUACACGGGAUCAAAUUGAAAUGGUUAAAUAUUUGGUUGUAAUUGGUGCUGAUGUUAACAAGAAAACUUUAGCCAAGGGAGCUACCCCAUUGUAUUUUGCGAUAAAAAAUAUAUGCCCAAAUAUUGCGGAGUUCUUAAUUCUAAAUGGAGCUGACCUAAAAGAAGCUGAAUAUAAAGGCAAAUCUACUUUAUCGCUAGCUUUAAAAAAUGCGUCAAGUGAUUAUCCAGAGUCAGUACAGGCAGAGUAUAUGGAAGUUGCAAAAAUAAUAAUCAAAUACACCGUGUUAAUUUACAAUCCCACUGAAAAAUUUAUUCAGGAUGGCUGCCUUUUCUUCAAAGAAUUAUCGCAAUACUAUAACGACUGCCACAAAGAACUAUCAAGUAUGAGGAGUGUGACAAUAAAAAACAGUACUGUUUCAUUAUAUCAAAUAGUUUGCGAUUCCAAUAAAGGUAACGCAUUUGUUAAACAUCUAUAUAACGACAACAUUAAAAACGAGUUAGAAAAUAUUGAAGAUUACCUUAGAGACUUUUCGAUAUAUGGUAAUAUUCUUCCGUUGGUACAACAUAGGGUUAAGAAAGGGUUUCAAAGGAUGAAAUUUCUUACAGAUGCUGACUUAAUAAUGAAAAAAAUUGCUCCUAAGUUACCAUCGGAAAUAAGAUGGAAAGUAUUCGACUACUUAAACAUGACUGAUCUUAAAACUGUGAUACAAUCAGAUUUAUUCAAAUAAAAAUGAUUAUUUGUU